ACCUCCAUUCAAAAAUGCAUCUAUGAAUCAUCAUCAACAAUCCUCAAAAGUAGAGAAUUCCAACAAAAUAACAUUAUUCCUCCAUUCCCUCCCCCUCAAAAAAAAUGUUCAUCAUCAUCACCAAAACCAACCAUGCCACCCUUCUUCUCCUCCUCCUCCUCCUUCUACUUUCUAUCUUCUCCUAUGCCAAUUCCUAUGUCUUCAUCUAUGCCGGUUGCUCCCAAGUAAAAUUCCAACCUUCCUCCCCUUUCGAAUCCUCCAUCAACUCCUUCCUCACCUCAGUCGUAAGUUCCUCUUCUCAAACCGGCCUCUACAACACCUUCACCCUCGGAAACUCCCCUUCAGACUCCACCAUUUACGGCCUCUACCAAUGUAGAGGAGACUUAAAACCUUCUGAUUGCAAUAAGUGCAUCCAAAGUGCAGUCACUCAAAUAGGCCUCGUAUGCCCUUACUCCUACGGGGCUACCCUACAACUUGAGGGAUGUUAUGUUAGAUACGAGAAGUUCGAUUUCUUAGGAAAACCAGACAAUACAGUCAUGUACAAGAGGUGUAGCAGGAGUAGUAGUAAUGAUGGUGAGUUUUAUCGUAGGAGGGAUGAUGUGUUGGCCACCUUACAAGGGGCUGUUGAUACAUCGUUUAGGGUUUCGAGUUCAGGGUCUGUCCAAGGGUUUGGGCAGUGUUUAGGGGAUUUGAGUUCAAAUGAUUGUUCAAGUUGUUUAAGUGAGGGUGUUAAGGAGUUAAAGACACUUUGUGGUGAAGCUGCUGCUGCUCAUGUUUUCUUGGCUAAGUGUUAUGCUGAGUAUUGGGAAGCUGGCUACUACGACUUAUCUACUCAAAGUUCAGAUCCAUCGAAUGAUGACGAAGUUGCGAAAACAAUUGCAAUAAUUGUUGGGAUCAUCGGAGGAGUUGCAGUUUUGAUCGUUCUUCUCUCCGUUUGUAGAAAAUCAGCUCCUGGUGGCAAAUAAUUACAUUUGCGUUCUUUUUUUCAUUUUUGUCUUCAACUCUGAAUGUUAUUUUUUCAAAGGAAGCUAAUUAAUUUCUAGAUCGACCACUUCAUUACUUAA